CAUCAGUCUUAAAGAACAUUCUUCACUGUUAAAUACCGCCAUCUGAAUUAAGAUCGAUUUUAUUUUUUAUUAGGUACAUUGGAAAAUCAAUUUCAGCUUUAAUAUGAAAAAUAUUUUGGUCGCAAUAUUCGCAUUCGUUUCUAUCUACAAUGUCGUUCAAAGCGCAACACCGCCUGCCAAAACGGACUACUUCAUAACUAACUCUAAAUCGCUUAACUAUAAGCUUGUUGGAAAGAAAGAAGAACAUCGAUUUGGAUUGGAGCUUGAUGACAACAAGCAGUUUCACCACACACGAACAGCUGAAGAUGGUGUAAGACUUGGAUGCUACGGAUAUGAAUUGGAAGGAAAGAAAUAUACAACAAAUUAUGUGGCUGAUGCUAAAGGAUAUCGAUUAACACCGAAAACUGGAGUUGUUACAGUUUAUCCUAAAGAUGGUGGCGAACCAAGAAAAGCGACAUUUGUGAAGGAGUUUGGAAUGGCGGACGUUAAAACUCCUUUCGCUCGUUACACAUUCCCUGAUGGAUGCGAAGCUCCAGGAAUUGAAUAUGACAAAAUUGUGAUUAUCGAGAAGAAGGAUGAUGUUAUUGAAAUUCCGACAGAGACUCCCGAACCAGAAACUACGACGUUUCUUCCCGAAGAAACGACAAUUUAUCCUGAAAUUCCUGUUCCAUAUGUAGCAUCAGUAAUCGAACCCAUUUGUUGUGACGAUAAUCUUUCUAAAUUAGUUCUGCCACGUGCUGACUCAGAGUGUAAUCAAACUGCUAAACUUAUAGUUCCAAUCGAAAUGCAUAUCAUCAAUCGAAUUCCUUUGUCAGACAUUGCUGAAAUAUCGAAAGAAACAAAUACCGUCAUUAUGCUUCUUAAAUUAUUGAAACUCGUUGAAAAAUGUAAACACAUGUACUGAUUUCAAUUGUCAAUCAUUUAAAGAAUUGAUUAACAUUCUUGAAUUCGUCUGAAAUGCGUCUGAAAUAAAGAAAAUUUACGACAUUAGUUUG